AAACACGCUCACUAUACAAACCGUACCUGUCGGCGUGAUGGCACGGCGCAUUUUAUCGACCAGCCUUAGACUGAUUGAAGCGCAAAGUCUGCUUAGAAUCUCCGCGAACAGUCAAGCGUUUAUGAGAUCAGCUGCAGCAAUGGCGACGCUAGCUCCUCCUCCGGAGUCCUUGCUCCGACCCAUGAAUUUCCCCUUCAAGACCUUGAUGGGUCCCGGCCCUUCUAACUGCCCCCCUCGAAUACUGGCAGCGAAUGCCUUACCAAUGUUGGGCCACCUGCAUCCGGAAUUCACAGAGAUCAUGGAUGAAGUGAAGGCAGGGAUCCAGUACGCCUUUCAGACUAAGAACAGCUGGACAUUUGCAAUUUCAGGAACAGGCCAUGCUGCAAUGGAGGCCAUGGUCGUCAACUUGCUGGAACAAGGUGAAACUGCACUUGUCUGCGAGAACGGGAUAUGGGGGCUGAGGUUUGCUGAAAUGGUUGAUAGAAACGGGUCCGUAGCCAAGAAACUGCUUCGACCAAUGGGAGAGGUGUUUACAUUGGGUGAAAUAGAGGAGGGUCUGAAGGCUGAGAAACCGACCAUUUUGUUUAUAACUCACGGGGAGUCAUCAGGGUCCACAGCCCAACCCCUGGAGGGCCUCGGGGAGCUGUGUCACAAAUACAACUGUCUGUUGGUGGUGGAUUCUGUUGCCGCCAUGGGAGGCGUCCCUAUCCUCAUGGACCAGAUGGGAAUUGAUGCCUUGUAUUCCGGCUCACAGAAGGUGCUGAGUGCUCCACCUGGAGCCGCGCCAGUAUCGUUCUCUGACAAGGCCAGAGAGAAAAUACAGAACCGCAAGACAAAAGUGAGGUCGUACUAUUUUGAUGCUAACGAGCUCUCCAACUACUGGGGAUGUGACGCAGGACCAAGAAGAUACCAUCAUACUGGCCCCAUCAGCAGCUUCUAUGCACUGAGGGAGGGCCUUGCACGACUGGCUGAAGAGGGUCUGGAGGCGAGCUGGGCGCGGCACAAGCAGUGUGCGGAGAUGUUGCACGAAGGCGUGGAGAAACUGGGCUUGGAGCUGUUGGUGAAGGACAAGAAUGUCCGCAACCCCUGUGUGAAUGCCAUCAAGGUGCCCGACGGAGUCAACUGGAAAGAUGUGGCAGACUACGCCAUGAAGAAUUACCGAGUGGAGAUCUCCGGGGGUCUUGGGAGUCUGGCGGGGAAAGUGUGGCGAGUUGGCGUGAUGGGGUACAACUGUACCCCCGACAACGUCCGUCUCGUCCUGCGCGCCCUGGAGGAGGCCCUGAAGCAAUGCAGGAAGUAACGUAGUCACAACGCGAUACAUGCAUUUCAUCCACAGAGGGAAACAGAAACAAAUAUUUGGGAGAAGUGCACUUUCCUGAUUGCGUUUUUGUGUGUUUCAUUUCGUACUGCGUCCUUAUCCUGAGAUAUACCAAUCACCAUUUGAUAGGGACAUUUCUGUCUGUCAAUAAAUAACAGAAGUGUCCUUAGCAAAUGUUGUGUUGUAUAGUACAGCUAACAGGGUCAUUGCACUGUAGGUCAUGAGAGAUAUUCUGUAUGCAGAAAUGUACCCCUUGUACCAUUCUGUAUGCAGAAAUGUCCCUUAGUGUCAUCCUGUUUGCAGAAAUGUACCCCUUGUACCAUUCUAUGUGCAGAAAUGUCCCUGAGAGGCAUUCUGUAUGCCAAAAUGUACCUCAAGUACUAUUCUGUAUGCCAAAAUGUACCUCAAGUACUAUUCUGUAUGCAGAAAUGUACCUCAAGUACCAUUCUGUAUGCAGAAAUGUACCUCAAGUACCAUUCUGUAUGCAGAAAUGUACCCCAAGUACUAUUCUGUAUGCAGAAAUGUACCUCAAGUACCAUUCUGUAUGCAGAAAUGUACCUCAAGUACUAUUCUGUAUGCAGAAAUGUACCUCAAGUACUAUUCUGUAUGCAGAAAUGUACCCCAAGUACUAUUCUGUAUGCAGAAAUGUACCCCAAGUACCAUUCUGUAUGCAGAAAUGUACCUCAAGUACCAUUCUGUAUGCAGAAAUGUACCUCAAGUACCAUUCUGUAUGCUGAAAUGUACCUCAAGUACCAUUCUGUAUGCAGACAUUACCCUGGCUGACAGCUGCAUGCCUCUAAGACAUGGCGCACUGUUACAUGGAACCGUUACAUGGAACCGUUACAUGGCACUGUUACAUGGAACCAGAGUCACAUUUCUGUUCACAUUUCUGAGACACCUCCAGUUCACGUAGGAGGUCUAGGGGUGAAGAUUGUGAACAUGGAAACUUGUGAAAUUCGCAAACACAACCAACUCAUAGAUAGUUCAGUGAGUGCAAGGUGUCAAGAUUGUAAAUGUAAGCAGGAUCAGUGAAAGUGUCACAGAGUGAGACGUCAAUGUAGCUGCCCAUAGGAAUCUGCUCUCUUGCCUCUUCGUUUUGUCCACAGGGUAUAUACACACAGGUGCUGCGUCACAACUGAGUAGAAAGUAUUAAUUUCCUGUGUUAUGUCAUAAUUGUCAUAAUCAGUUAUAUGCAUCAUAUUUUUUUUGCAUUAUUUUCUUUUGAUUGUUUGGGAACACUAGUGUUCAUGAAAAUGGGUGUAGAUAUUUUGAGUAAGGGAGACAGCUCUAGUCGACUUCUUGAUGAUGUGGUAUCUUUUUUGUUUACAAACUGACACAUUUGUGUUUGUAGCUCGAUGAGAAGGAUUGACGUACACUUCAUGAGUCAGCUAUGUAAAAUGUCCGUGAAACUGUAACUGAAUAUUAAACAAAUUCAAUAGUCAGCCUUUUUGACAUUUUAGCCAAAUACCUGUGUUUACCAAAUCUGAUGUUUAGCAAUAUUGUCACAUGGCCAAGAGACCUUCUACACAGAGCAAUCUAAAACAGUAUAAUGUCUUUUGAUCGAUCUCAUUAAAAUCAGAUCUUGGUGCAUCUCCAUGUUGUGCUGCUAACAUGAGUUGGUGGGUACAAUGUUGACAGAAUACGGAGUAUGUGUCCAGCCAUCUGCUACCAACACCCAACAAUGUUCCGCCAUUGUCACAUUGUUUUUUCAUUCAUUAAUACUAUAUUUGGAAUUUAAAGUAUUGUUUGUUUGUUUUUUUACCACCCACACGGAAACUUUUUGUCAAAACCUUUGGUGAAGCAAUUAAUAUGAAUCAUAACCUAUUCUAUAAAUAUUUGCUCAAUGAAAAGGUCAACAUAACCAAACCAGCUUGUGAUGAUAGACCGACCACAUCAUAUCUUGGGAAGGGGAUGUGGAGGCCUGGGAUUUUGUAGAACCAAAAAUACAUUGUCCCUGAACAAUCUGGAAAAAAAUAAUUAUGGCCUGCCUGCCACAAAAAUGACAUUGUUGCAAGGUGUAUUUUCUUUAAAAAUCUUCAGGCUCAUAGUUUUAAAUAAAUCUGGUUAUGCAGCCAAAGCUGAAAAAGUACCUGAUCUCCAUACAAAAUCCCAGCCCCCCCCCCCCCUUUCCAAAAAUGAAAGAAUACCAAUUGGUCAGUCCCUAAAGUAGAAAUGCUCAAGAAGCAGGGGUAUGGAAGGAGUUUAAAAGAAAAAGGUUGUAGUUCAUAUAGAUUUAUGGCUUUGGUAACAUAUGGUGACAUGGGUGUGUUUCAUUGGAUUUAACAAUGAACUGACAGAGGAUCAUGUUUAGCUGUAUGGCUUCAUUUUUGCGUUCUGUAAGACACUGUAAAUUCAGGUAUUUGACCAAGGGCAGGUAACUCUAACCUGUUACCCCCCCAAAAAGUGUACAUGUGCCUGUGUCUGUGGAGGUUGUGUGUGUGUUAAGAUUAUAGGGCCUUUGGGGCUUGUCCUAAGAGGCGACUAAUACGAUCGUGUGGUCACUCGCUGACUUGGUUGAUGCAUGUCAUCGAUCCCAAUUACGUGGAUCGAUGCUCAUGAUAUCAAUCACUGGAUUGUCUGGUCCAGACUCGAUUAUUUACAGACCGCGUCAAACCAACCAACCAACCAACUUCGGGGCUGGUCCAGUGGUUGCUUCCCUUUGGCCAAACCAAAGACCAGAAACAAGAUACUUUUUUGUAGUCCUAACCUAUUGUUCGGGUGAUUUUGGUGUAAACGAAGGGCUAUUGAGAAACUUCCACAUGUUCAGUACCUAUACAUGGAUUCAAUGUACAAAACCCAGGUGUCCCCGCUGUGAAAUGGCUAGAACAAUCACAUUGGCAUUAAAGCUUACUCCGUCACUCACUUAUACAAAUCCAUUCAAUGGGUACAUAGCUGCCAGCUUACUGAUGCUAACUGUGGUUACCUGGAGAGUACAAUGUGUGCUUGUUGAAUGCUGGGAUCAUGUGACCUAUUUAUACAAUUACUGUUAUUUGGAAUAUAUUUUGCAGGUGCUUUAAUGUCUGUGUAUUUAGAUGUUGUUGAUUCAUAUGAUUGGUUAUAUGAGCUAUAUUGAAUAUAAUGUUAUUUUUACAAUAAAUGAUGAUUAUAGU